UUUCCAUAAACCGUAACGCGCUUGACUGCGACGGUGUAACAUAGACCAUCAACUUGUUUUGUCAGUCCUCCCGCGUCGCCUUAACUGCACAAUAUUUUCUUCCUUUGGUCAUUAAUAUUCACUAGACCCCAUGUUGAAGGGAUUCGGGAAAUUGACUAAAAAAGCUUCAACAGCCACCUUGUCUGCUGGAUGCCCCGACGAGCCUCCGCGGUCGACUACUCCGACACCAAGUAAUCCUGCGGGAAAACCUACUUCACGCACCGGUCUUCUCAGCAUACGCGUUCUAUGGGCUGAAGACCUGGCCCUUCCUGUAGGCACCACGGUCCCUUCUGCUGUACAAACAGCGCUGUCCACGCAACAGGCCAAAGUCGCAGCGUCUGUAUCUCCCUCGAGCGUAACGCAGAGGCGGCUCGUGAAGCGUCAUGGCGCAAAAGACAGUAUCCAGCGUACACAAUGCUGGUGGCUACCCUACCUGGUAAUGGAGUUCGAAGUCAAUCAAGUCCUCAUUACCCCGUUGGGUGGUGAUCUGGAGAAACCAUUGUAUAUGUACCAGGCCCAGUUUGACGUCUCGCGCCACUCAGAAAUUUCAAUACAGUGCUACUUGAGAACCGAACAGCCCAAAGUCGGCAGCGAUGGUUUAGCGGAUGAUAUGGGCAAUGAUAUCUUCAUGGGCGGAAUCAAGUUCACGCCGGACUUUGAUAACAUUGGCGUCGUGGGUCAAGACCAGUGGCACGACAUGACUGGUGGCAAAGGAAAGAUUCAAAUCGGCGUGGCAUACCAGCCUAGCUCUGGCCAAUCUCUGACUAUCGACGAAUUUGAGCUCAUCACUGUCAUUGGAAAAGGCAGUUUUGGCAAGGUCAUGCAAGUCAGGAAGCGCGACACUAUGCGGAUAUAUGCCCUCAAGACUAUCCGCAAAGCUCAUAUAGUCGACCGAAAAGAAAUCACGCACACAUUGGCCGAGCGGCUCGUACUCGCGCGUGUCGAAAACCCCUUCAUCGUGCCCCUGAAGUUCAGUUUCCAAUCCGAGCAGAAGCUGUACUUGGUACUUGCCUUUGUCAAUGGAGGAGAAUUGUUCCACCACUUGCAACGCGAACAGCGGUUCAACGAGGAACGAUCGCGAUUCUACAGUGCUGAGUUGCUAUUAGCUCUGGAACAUUUACAUGAACUCGACGUCGUCUACCGCGAUCUGAAACCAGAAAACAUUCUUUUGGAUUAUACUGGACACAUCGCAUUGUGCGACUUCGGGUUAUGUAAGCUCAAUAUGAAGGAUUCAGACACGACAAACACGUUCUGUGGCACACCGGAAUAUCUUGCACCGGAGAUCCUGAACGGUCAAGGAUAUAACAAGUCGAUUGAUUGGUGGACUCUUGGUGUACUUCUGUACGAGAUGCUCUCCGGUCUCCCACCCUUCUAUGAUGAGGUCACGGACAAGAUGUAUCAGAAAAUUCUUUCUGAUCCGCUCACCUUUGGCCCCGACAUUGGCACAGAAGCCCGAAGCAUCUUGACUAGUCUUCUCAACAGAGAUCCCUCGAAACGACUUGGAGUGAAUGGCGCUGAGGAGAUUAAGAAGCACCCUUUCUUCGUAAACCACAUCGACUUCAAGAAGCUUCUGCAGAAAAAGAUCCAACCACCGUUCAAGCCAAGUGUGUCAAGUCCCGUGGAUGUUUCCAACUUCGACACUGUCUUCACGGCCGAAGCGCCUAUCGAUAGUUAUGUCGAUGGCUCCCAUCUCUCAUCCACCGUCCAAGCUCAGUUCGCUGGAUUCUCCUAUAAUGGUUCCAACAUGCCUAUCAGUUGAUAGGUCAUCUCAAAUCUCAUUUGGUGGACAUAGCACUGGUAUCAUAUAUUUGUUGUCACCUCGCACGUACGUUCUGUAAUCACGGGUCAAUCAGCGUAUUUUGGAUAUUGAA